UGGCAAACAUCGCGUCUGCUAGACUCUGUUGGAAAAUUUAUUUAAAUUCUCGUAAUUUAUAUGAUUUGAAAACUUGAAAGGAAGAAAUAAAAAGAUGAAAUUACUUCAUAGUCUACUACAGCGGGAAACUGUACGCUCGUAUUCGCCAAAGAAAAGACAAGUGAAUGUGGACUUCAUGGUUGAAGGAAUAAAAUGCCACAAGGACGAUAAACACGACGUCAAGGGACUAGACAGUCAGGCAGAGGUUCCUCCAUUUGCUUGUAGUUUCAAUAAUUCGUCGUUACAAGGACACAUGUUAGCCCUUGCUGAUGAAGAAGGUGGUGUGUGCCUGUAUGAUGUGAGAAAACAAGGCCCUUCAGCAAAACUGAAAGGUUGGGUAGCACAUAGUAAUGCAAUAUUUGACAUUGCAUGGGUUUGUGAUGAACCAAAACUUGUGACAGCAUCUGGAGAUCAAACAGCUCAAUUAUGGGAUGUUCAACAGAGUUCAAGACUUGCUGUCUUUAAAGGACACAGCUGUAGUCUAAAGUCUGUUGAUUUUCAAUAUGAGAAUCUAUUUGUAUUUGCAACUGGUGCACGUGAUGGUAAUAUAAUGGUUUGGGAUAUGCGUUGCAACAAACGUGAUGGUCAUUACAAACCAGUUAACACCAUACACAACUGUCACUCAACCUUGCCAACUACUAGUACACCACAGAGAACAAAAAAACGUGGCAGAAGACUUUCCAAUGCUGUUAAAACACAGCAGGACUCACAACAAAGUGUAACAUCGGUGAUAUUCCAAGACUUAAACACAAUCAUUUCUGCUGGUGCAGUGGAUGGAAAUAUUAAAGUUUGGGAUAUAAGAAAGAAUUACUCUAUAAUUCGCACUGAACUUCAGCCAUACCAUGUUUUUCCUUAUCCCGGUUCAGCCUCUCGUAAACAUGGCUAUUCCUCCUUAACUUUGGACUCAACAAAAUCCAAACUCUUUGCAAACUGCACAAAUGACAUCAUCUACAUGUAUGACUGUGUUCGAUUUCAAACCCGUCCUAUGGCGACGUUCCAAGGUCACAGUAAUGCAACAUUCUAUGUCAAAUCAUCAGUCAGCCCUGAUGAUCAAUAUCUGAUGAGUGGCUCCGGGGAUGGUGAUGGAUAUAUAUGGAGGGUUGAUGAUCCAGGUGCAGCACCAUUUCAUCUGACUGGACAUAGCAAUGAGGUCACAAGUGUAGCAUGGUGUCCUAGGGACCAGAGCAAGAUUGUAACAUGCUCUGAUGAUAACAGUGUGAACAUUUGGAGGGUGAAUUAUGAAGAAAAAAGCAGUGGAGAUUUUGUUGGAUGGUGUGAGAGGAAACCUAAUAAUAAACCUCUACCCAAGGAAGAUUUACCAGACAAGGCCACAACUCCCAAUACCUCACCAGCCAGAUCACGAAGCAAUUCCACAGCUGGGUCAACAGCAAGUUCACCUGCCAGUCUUUCACCAAACCCAUACAAAUGCAAUAGUCCUCAACAGUUCUUACAAAAUUGGUUGCAAUCCAAGGAAACCGUUAGUUCUAAUAAAAAUGAAAACAGCCUGGGAAGUAGCCCAAGGCUUGGUAGCAAAAACAUUGAAACUGCUGUGUGUGCAAAACGACCUCGAGAUUUGGACGAAGCGGACAACGAAACUAAAAGAGUUUGUCUUGAUGGCGGAGUAGAGGAAAAUGAAACUCCAUUUAUGUCUGGUACAGAUAAGGAGAAUAUGGACACGAAUAUUCAAGUUAUUUCAGAACAAAAAUCCGUUGAUAUUAAAUCGAUAGAUCAAACAGAGUUAAGGAGUGAACUUAAGGAUAACGGUUCACGUUUAAAACAAACAACCAGCCAACCAGAAUGUCGGAGUGAUGUGGCAAAACAGCAAGGCAAGAAGUCGAACUGGUUACGAGAUAUGGGAGUGAGGAAGAAAGGUGUAAAUUCUGUACCAAGAAAAGUAAACUCUCCACCUCAACCAAGUUCACCAUUGCUGAAGGAACCCUCAUCGCCAAAUACAGAUCUUGGUACGCCGCUAAAAACCGGGAAGUCAAUCCGAGAUUAUUUCAGCCCCAUAUCACAGAGGAAAUUCUGCCCGAGAUAAAGUACGCCGUAACUGAGGAAAAGCUUCACUGAAAAUGUGUUUCAAUGAAGCACAAACUAGUUAUAAUUUAGUAAUAAUUUA